AUGGCAGACGAACUCGACACUGGGGACAUGUUCAAUGACCCCGAGGGCUUCUAUCCCCCCGAGAAAGAGCCUACCUACGCAGAUCACCAGAUGCUCUCCGGCCAGGUUGUCCGCGUGCGCCUGGUCGGCAGCCACCCUCUAUAUGGGAACAUGCUCUGGAACGCUGGCCGCAUAAGCUCAGAUUAUAUCGAAAGUAACGCCCCCGCGCUCAUCACCGGGAAGACCGUCCUUGAGAUCGGCGCCGCAGCGGGCGUGCCCAGCAUCGUCAGCGCAAUCAAGGGCGCCCGCACCACCGUCAUGACCGAUUACCCGGACCCGGAUCUCGUCGAUAAUAUGCGUCAGAACGCCGAGUCCUCUGCGCCGAUGAUCCCCACCGACCCGCCUUCUGCGCUGCACGUUACGGGCUAUAAAUGGGGGAGUGAUGUGUCGCCGCUGCUGGCUUACUUGCCUGAGGAGGAGAGGGCGAAGGGGUUUGAUGUGCUGAUUAUGGCGGAUGUCGUAUAUAGCCAUCGCGAGCACGGGAAUCUGGUCAAGACUAUGCAGGAGACGAUGAAGAAGGAAAAGGACGCGGUUGCCUUGGUGAUAUUUACACCGUAUGAGCCGUGGCUAUUACCCCAGACGGAACGGUUCUUUCCGCUUGCUGAGAAGGGUGGAUUUACAGUAACGAAGGUGUUUGAAAAGUUGACGGAGAAGACUCUGUUUGAGCAUGAUCCUGGGGAUGAGAGACUGCGGAGGACAGUCUUUGGUUACGAGCUCCGAUGGGCUGAUGAUCAACUACGAUAG